CUAGUUAAAGAACACCAUAAGCCCCUGAAACUGAAAAAACUAAUCCUCUCUCAAGAAGAGAAGAAGAGUGGAGAGGAGAGGAGAAGAGAAAAGGAGGCAAUGAAGUCAGAUAAACCUGAAACAAGAUUGAGUACACUCCAUUAGAGAGACUAAGAAAACAAAAAAAAAAGCUUGCUUCUAAUAGAAAGAGAGAGAGGAAGAGAUGAAAAGGCUCAUGUCCUUGAGAUUUGCGUCUACAGAGAGAGUGGAGAGAGAGUGUGUGUGAUUUAAAGCAAAGGCGGCGAAGAAUUUAUUGACAUUGAUAUUGAUAUGAUGCGAAAGGAAGUAAGCACCGCUACACUGAACUUUCUUUUAUUUCUCUUCUUUUCCUCGCUAAUCUCAUAGCCAUUGAAGCUCUCUCUCUUUCUGACGCUAUAUCUCUUAUAAAAAAACAUUUUUUCUCUCGCUUUGAAUCCCAAGUUCUGUUUUUUCUUAUUUCUUAAUCAUUAUUUCUCUCUAAUUUUGCAAAACCAUAAUUUAUUUUACUUGUUUUGCUUCUCUUGUUGUUUUUGCGAAAAUCCCGCAUCAAUUUUUUUUGUUAGGAGUAACCAAAAUGGUAGUGCAAGAAGUGUUAUUAAAAGGUUAUUAGAAAUCAAUGGGACAGCUCGAAAUUCGAGGUGGUUUCUGGUUCUUAAACGCAGAGGUUGUCUGUCUCAAUCCAACAUAUAUUAUGGUCUGGUCUGCUGGUAGGGUGUUUUAGGAGAGAGUUCAUUCAUUCAUUCCUUAAAGAACCUGCCAUUUCUGGUUCUGGGUUUGAGAGAUCGCUUGUUUGUUUCUCGUCACUGUUACUCUCUGGGUUUGGUUUUGGUGAUUCAUAGAAAGUGGAGAAGUCUCAAACUUUGCUAUCUUUGAAGUGAAGGGAAGGGAUAUAUACGAAGGCUUGUUGAGUUCUUGAGUGAAGAAGGCUUUCUCUUGGUGAUUUGGAAGGUAAUUUUGGGUAAAAAAUGAAGUUUAUGAAGUUGGGGUCCAAGCCUGAUGCAUUUCAAGCUCAUGGCAAAUCUGUAAGGUAUGUGGCAUCCGAACUGGAAACAGAUGUCACCAUAAAUGUUGGAGAAGUUAAAUUUAACCUCCACAAGUUCCCUCUCAUGUCCAAGAGCAAUCGCUUGCUAAUGCUACUGUCACAAGCUGGUGAGGAGAAUGAAAUUGACAUGGUUGAUUUUCCUGGUGGGCCAAAGGCUUUUGAAAUUUGUGCCAAAUUCUGCUAUGGAAUGAUUGUUACUCUCAAUGCUUACAAUGUUGUCACUGCUCGUUGUGCGGCCGAGUACCUUGAGAUGACCGAGGAUGUUGAUCGAGGGAACCUUAUUUUUAAAAUUGAAGUAUUUCUGAACUCCAGUAUCUUCCAUAGCUGGAAGGAUUCCAUUAUUGUUCUUCAGACCACCAAAUCUCUUCUGCCGUGGUCUGAAGAUCUGAAGAUUGUGGGCAGCUGCAUAGAUUCCAUUGCAUCUAAAACCUCUGUGGACCCUGCAAGUAUUACCUGGUCCUACACAUAUAACCGUAAGUUAUCAGUGCCUGAUAAAAUAGUCGAGGAAGGGAUGAAUUUCAGGGAUAAAAUUGAUUCUGUUCCCAAGGAUUGGUGGGUUGAAGAUAUAUGUGAACUGGAUAUUGAUCUCUAUAAGAGGGUCAUGAUCACUGUGAAAUCAAAGGGAAGAAUGGAUGGCCAAGUGAUUGGGGAAGCACUGAAAACUUAUGCAGUCAGAUGGCUGCCAGAUUCAUUUGAUGACUCAGUUUCUGAUGCUCGUACCUGGAGGUACAGAUAUCUGGUAGAAAACCUCAUCUGUUUGUUGCCUCCAGACAAGGCUGCUGGUUGUUCGUGUAGUUUCCUGUUGAAAUUGUUGAAAUUUGCCAUUCUGGUUGGAAUAGAUGACUCAGCCAGGGAAUAUUUAGUGAAGAGGAUCAGUUUGAAGUUGCAUGAGGCUUCUGUUAAGGAUUUGCUGAUCCUAGCACGGCCUCCUCAAAACACAUUAUAUGAUGUGGAAUUGAUUCAGUGCAUUGUUAGUCGUUCUUUGAUGCAUGGAAAGUACAGUCAGGAUACGAAGCAUGAGGAGAAUGGCGACUUUAUUUUAGGGCAUGAGCAUGUAACCUUGAUGAAUGUUGGUAAAUUGAUUGAUGGAUAUCUAGCAGAAAUUGCAUAUGACCCCAAUCUCACCAUCUCCAGUUUUGUUGACCUGUCACGGUCAAUUCCUGAGUUUGGUAGACCAAUUCACGAUGGACUGUACAAAGCCAUUGACAUCUACCUGAAGGAACAUCUCAGUAUGACAAAGGCAGAAAAAAAGAAGAUAUGUGGGCUAAUGGAUGUCAAGAAACUGACCACGGAUGCAUCCACGCAUGCUGCACAGAAUGAGCGGCUCCCUCUCCGUGUUGUCGUCCAAGUUCUCUUUUUUGAGCAGGUUAGAGCAGCUUCUGGAGUUCAAGCUCUCAGCAACAAUGCCCGCGAUACUUUAAAUUCCACCACAAACACAGAUGAAGAAUUGGAGAAGACAGCAGCUGAUGGUAAUAAAUCCCUCAUGAAACAGAUGAGUCGAAUGAAGAUAAAAGAUGAAGAUUUCCUGAAAAAUGGAAAACUUAGGAAGAAAAACAGCAAGAUUACCAAAAAUGGUGUGCAGUUGCUGCCAUCUCGAUCAAAGAGGAUCUUUGAUAGAUUGUGGGUUGUGGCCAGAGGGCAUGUUGAGAAUAGAAGCUCAGAGACUUCUGGGAGUUCGCAGAGCCCAACUUCAAUCGCUCCUGGUGACACCAAGUCCUUCGGUUCAUCUUCAAGACAAAGGAGACACUCCAUCUCCUAGAGAAUGAAUUUGAGCUUCAUCAGGACAUAGCAAGGGAAGAAGAUGGUCAAAAACUGUUCAAGUGUAAAAAGUGGUAGGCUUUUAUUCCAGUAGAUGAAGGGGGUUUUAUUCUCUGUUUAUGUAUGAAAUUCACAUAGAUUAUCCAGGAAAAGUUGUCCAGCUAACCUAUGAUUUCUUUCAUGUAUAUGAUGACAUGAAGGUUUAAAUUC